CACGACAAUAUUAAAACGGCACGGCGUGGUUCACCUUCGACUCCGUGGCAAAGUGGCAACUCGACCAAUAUUCUUACGACUCUCCUCAAAUCGCUAAGCUCCGAUCCAUCCUCUUCAUCUUGCUUCAAGAAACGGUUCUGCAGUUCUCACUUCUUCAUCUGAUUGUUGGAGAUCGUUCGCAGUUUUCGAUUGAUGGAAGCGGUGGCGAGCCUCCGAUCUCCACAGAUCCUCUAUAAAAAUACUGGCUUUGGCCGGAGUUCCUCCGUCUUCGCCGCCCAUCGGAUCGGUUUCCUGUCUUUCGAGUCCAAAGCCCGUCUCGGAUUCAAGGGGCAUUUUCCGAUCCAUUUGUCAAAGCAUGGACAGCAACGAUUAGCUGCGCGGAGGAGUAUUAUUAGGGCAUCAUCGUCUUCCUCCAUGGAGGAUUCAUCGCGGAUUGCUCCCCUCCAGCUGGAGUCGCCAGUUGGGCAAUUUCUAUCUCAGAUCCUUGUCAACCAUCCUCAUCUCUUACCUGCUGCCGUCGAUCAGCAACUGGAGCAACUCCAGACCGAUCGCGAGGCUGAGAUGAACAAAGAGGAGCCUGCUCCUUCGGAGACUGAUAUUGUUUUAUACAGGAGAAUUGCUGAGGUCAAAGCUAACGAGAGGAUAAGGGCACUGGAAGAGAUAUUAUAUGCAUUAGUUGUUCAAAAGUUUGUUGAAGCUGAUGUUUCCUUGGUCCCUGCAAUAUCUCAAUCAGAUCCUUCCAGCAGGGUUGAUCAGUGGCCAUCCCAGGAUGAAAAGCUUGAAAAGUUACAUUCUUCUGAAGCUUACGAAAUGAUUAAGAAUCACCUCGCUCUUAUACUGGGGCAGCGGCUGGGUGACUCCGACUCGGUGGCGCCUAUUAGCAAGCUUAGGGUUGGCCAAGUUUAUGCUGCUUCUGUCAUGUAUGGCUACUUCCUCAAGAGAGUAGACCAAAGAUUCCAACUUGAGAAAUCAAUGAAGAUUCUCCCCUGGGGAUCAGAUGAAGAGGAGAGUGCUACUAGGCAAGCAAUCCCAGAUGAGUCAAGACCAUCCACUCGAACAGAAUUAACUCUUCAUGAGGCAUCAUCAUGGUCUUCACCAGGCUUUACCCAAGGUGGGCUUGGGAAUGGAAUGAAACCCUGUCGGCUGCGGUCCUAUGUCAUGUCCUUUGAUUCUGAUACUCUUCAAAGAUGUGCUACAAUUAGAUCAAAGGAAGCCUUUAGCAUAAUUGAGAAGCACACUGAGGCUCUGUUUGGGAGGCCUGAGAUUGUCAUCACACCAGAAGGAACUAUUGAUUCUUCCAAGGAUGAGCUCAUUAAGAUCAGUUUUGCAGGUUUGAGGAGCCUUAUCUUGGAGGCUGUAACUUUUGGAUCUUUCCUUUGGGAUGUUGAAACCUACAUAGAUUGUAGGUAUCAUUUUGUGACUAACUAGUUAAUCCACUGUUAGACUUGAACGGAUUGAUGAUAUGAAGGUGCAACAAUUUCCAUAGGUAGUGUUCAGAUGGUAGCAAUGACUAAUGUGAGUUGUGUAAUUGUCAGGUCCAUCACAUAGUAGAUGAUCGUUGUUACUUCCAGCUAUUUCGGUAAUAUCGUGAGGUUAUUACAUAUAAUACGGAAUGCAUUGUGUUAGGUACUUAGGUCCCCUAUUGCUUGUUCAAGAUGCAAAUCUUGUUCUUACUAAAACUUUUAUUGUUUCUUAAAUAACUGUUUAGUAUUGACUGAAUUUUAUCACAAGCAUUGGAAUUUAUCUCUUUCAUUUUUAUCAAAUUUAUGCAUGUAACCUGC